AUGGGCGUCCCCCUUGGCCAGCCCCUCACCUGCGUCAAUGGCGGAUCAUUGGUCCAGUACCCCGACGAGAACUAUGGCUGCGCCUGCCCCAACGCCUGCUCGGAUGGCUACACAACCCAACCCGACUGCUCCUGUACAAGCACCUGCCCUUUCGGUGUCUUCAACCCUGACUGCACCUGCGACUGUACCGCCGGCAUGCUGUGCUUCAAUGGCGGGACCCAGACUGAUGCGUGCCUUUGCGAGUGUAAUAACACCUGCCUGCGUGGCUCGAGAAACAUGGCGUGCGGCUGUUCUUGCCCCGACUGCGCCAACGGCGGCAUACUCAACCCGGCCGACUGUUCGUGCGAGUGCGCCAACGAGUGCCCCACCAAUUCGGUGCGCGGCCCUGACUGCUCGUGCGAGUGCAAGCCGUGUACCAAUGGCGGCGUACAAAACCUGGACGACUGUUCGUGCGACUGCCCCAAUGAGUGCCUCAACUAUGGCGUUCGCGGCCCCGACUGCUCGUGCGAGUGCCAGCCGUGUGCCAACGGCGGCAUACUCAACCUGGACGACUGUUCGUGCUCGUGCUCCAAUGAGUGCCUCUACGGUGGCGUGCUCGGCGCUGACUGCGCGUGCUCAUGCUCGAUGUGGUGUCACAACUCCGCGGUGCGCAACCCGGACUGCUCGUGCACGUGCUGCGAACAGGACGGUUGGCGUGACUCUUGCGUGUGCAUAAACGACGGAGUUCGUAAUGCCACCGACUGCUCGUGCUUCUGCCCGCACGAGUGCACGACCCCACACUACACGAAUAGGUGGACCGACUGCGCCUGCACUUGGGACGGGACGGCAAGGUGA